GGGAGGAGGGGGAGAGGGGUAGGGGGAGGGGGAAAGGGCGUAGUUUUUCUUUCUUCUUUUUUUCUUUAAGGUACGUGUGCUGCAACCUUUUGAGAGUAGUUGCAAGCGGGCGACCCUCGAGAGCGUGACGUCACAGGCCUGGCCCCGCCUCUUUUCGCGGCCAGGAAGGAGCGUGCCAGCCACGGCGCUGUCAUUCGGGCCUCGACGGUGGCCGUGUGAUGGUGGCGUAAGGGAGCGCUUGAGAGAGCAAGAGGAAGAGGAAGAGAGUGAUAAAAGGAGAGGACUGCGAGAAGAGAAACGCGGGGAUACAGAGACUCGUUCGCUCGGGACAUUAAAUACAGAUAAAAUUAGAUUAUUUGGGGCAAAGGAAGAAAAAGGGAAAUAAAAAUAAGGGGGGGCAGUUGUUCGCAUUGGGUCGCCUCUUUGGCAUGGCACCCGGUGCUGUGAUUUCGGAAACCACGAUGGUAUCGCUACAUUUUAGAUAGAUUAGUACCUUUUGUAGUUUGGAACAUUCACUUAUCCCUGUUGAACUCAGUGCCUCGAAGUCUUCUUUCACACGAGAGCCCCGUGCUGGAGACAAUGGCGGAGGCGCCCGAGAGAACCAAGUGGCAGAUCCUGCUGGCGGCGCUGCGCAGUAUUUCGGUGGAGCCCGUGAUGCUGCUGGACGGAGUGGCCUACUCCAACAUGGUAGUGCUGGUGGAGAACCUGCAGAUGGACAAGGUGUGCCGCGUGAACCUCAACCACUCGGCCGAAGUCUGCGGCAACUUGUCGGAGCACAAGGCGGUGCGCGACGAGAUGACGCGCGAGGUCAGCGUGUUCGCCAUGUACAACGGCAUCAUCACCUCCAUCAUCCCGCUGUUCUUCAUCCUGUUCAUGGGCGCCUGGAGCGACAAGUACGGCCGCAAGACGCCGCUCCUCGUGGCCACGCUGGGCCAUCUGCUCUACGCUCUCGGCUACCUCGUCAACUCGGCCGUGGAGGCGUGGCCCGUCGAGUACCUGCUCUUCGUGGCCCUGCUCGACUCGCUGGGCGGAGGCACCGUGUCCUUCCUGACGGCGGCCAACUCCUACAUGAGCGACGUGACCACAGAGGAGGCCAGGACCUCCCGCCUCGGCCUGGCCAACAGCAUCUGGUUCCUGGGCGGCCCUAUCGGCACCUUCAUCGGCACCUACAUCUACAAGGCGGGCGGCUACCAGGUGCUCUUCGGAACCUCGCUGUCCAUGUACCUGGUCUCGUGCGCCUACAUCAUCUUCCUGCUGCCGGAGAGCCACGGGCCCUUCGCCAACGUCAAGAAGCUCGAGAAGAUCCUGGAGCCGAAGCAGUCGCUGCGCCUGCGAGAGAGCAUCGUGUGGGUGUACGGCAUCGAGAAGGACAAGAAGCGGGACCUGAUGCACACCGAGAGCGUGAGGGAGCGGGCCAGGAAGAUCUCCCUGGUGCAGAUGGUCAAGGACUUCUUCAACCCCCGCCGCUUCGUCGACAGCUUCAGGUGCACCCUCAAGAAGCGGGAGGGCCACGUUAGGAUCUACAUUCUGCUCCUCAUCUUCAGCAAUCUCCUGCGCAAGCUCGGUCGAGG